AUGGGCGCCGCCGCCUCGUCCAAGAAAAAGGUCGAGACGACGCCCCUCGUCCAGACGGCCGAGCGCGUCUGGACCUCGGCCCACGAAACCGCCGAGCGCGCGAACGACGCGCUUUUCGCGUUCAUAUUGUGGCAUACAUUGAAGGGUGUCGGCGGGGGCGUAUUUUUCAGUUGUCUGCCGCUCUACGUCACGAAGCUCGCCGGAGAUGACCCCGUGCGGGCGGCGGUCUUCGCGCUCUAUGCCAUCGACGUGACGUUGUCCCUGUCACUGCUCGAUGGCGUGGAGGUAUUUGAGGCCCUCACUGCUUGAUUAUCACACAGGUCCUAUUUCUUUAAUUUCCUGGGAAUUGCCGCGUCGAUGCCCGUUCUGGCAUACUUUUUGCUUUGGCGCUUCGACCUAUCCAAACGUCUUUACUUUGAGCUGCACGCCGUCGCCGUGGCGACGCUCGCGGUCGGCUUCGUCCUGUACUGGUUCUGGCUGCGAAAGGCAGUGGGGCCGGCGAAGUGCCUCGCCAUUGGAUUAAUCAUACAUGCGGUCGGUUUCUUGGGCAUCGGCGCCGCGUAUGAUGUAGGACUACUCUUCGCAGCCACGGCCGUUCUAUUCAUAGCCGCGCCCGCAAACCUCCAGUACCUGUACAUCAACGGCGUCGUCCCGCCCGAGAAACAGGGUCGCCUCUCGGGCGGCAUCCAGAUUGUGGGCGCCGUCGCCGCGGCUUUGGGUCUGGGCCUCGGCUAUUCGCUCUGGCUCGGCCUGAAGACGUCGGCCGAGCGCGGUACGCGACGUACCAAGCGCGAUUUCUCGGCCGCGGCGCCCUUCUUCGCCGCCGCCGUGGCGCUGGUUCUUGCGUCGCUCUCGCUCUACUCCGCCGUGAGCCGCGAGCGCGUCGAGCGCGAGGGCUCGAAGAAAAAAGAGUACGACUCCGUCGCGGACGAGUGGGUCCACCAGCGCGUGACGGAGUCGGAGUCGGACGACGACUCCGUCGAGGCUCUCACGGUGAGGACUCCGCUGCAAUAA